AUGGCUACUCAACUCACUCUGGCACAGAGGGCAGCACGCCUCCCUGUCCCCACCCGCCACUCACUUUUUCAGAGACAAGUAUCUUCGGAUGAUGGUGAGGAUAGGGACAACCAUGAGCUCCCUGAUCAGGUGUCCCAGCCGCAGCCAUCACGAACAAGCCGAAAGCGGACUGCGGAUGACCUUGGUCAGCUUGCAACAGCGGAGGCACGCCGCCUCAAGUUGCCAAAGGCCGAAGGUGAUGAACUCGUGCAGUUCGCACAGGCUCCCGAUGGUGACCAUGUUAUUCGACUCGCGGCAAUGAUCCUGGAUCUGCAGAGAACUAUCGGAAGACUCACCCCUCCCGACGCUGUCUGGCCCAUGCCAGAGUCACUCCGUAAGAAGAUUGACUUACACGCAGUCACUCUUUUGCUCUCGCCCAACAUCCCUUUCUACCGUGACGAUAUCAAGGAAACCCUAUUGACAUUGCUGGAGAAUCACCCAAGUUGGGGUGUCCCAAUAAAUGCCCGCAAUGACGAAUCUCAGUGGAGCACAAUCGUGUUGCGUGUUGCUCGUAAGCUUACGGAUGCCCGUCACAAAAUACGCAGUCAUAUCCUCAAGUCCCUCGGGGAUCAGCAGAAGGAUGCCCAAACGGGCACGGUAACAUUCACGAACAGCACCAACAUCUACGACCUCUGCAAGCUGCUCUGCAAGAUUGUCCCGCAACACAAACUCGUUGUUACUCUGGAGAUGAUGGCCCGAGUCUCCGUUUUGAGGAACAUCCUCGCCUGCAACUUGGAACACCCGGAUUUCUGGAUUUUCGCUGAUAAGGAGCUCGAAGGAUUACGGAAUGGGGCUCAGGAUGCGAAGGACCUCAGCGACAACAUCAACAAGCUCCUCUACGAAGAUAUCGCGAGCUAUGGCCACUUUGACCUCGAAACCAUCAUCGGCGUUCACCCAUCCACCAUUCAAGACACUGCCGACAGCGCAGCAUUGGACGCGACCACCGCCAUUGCAGCUACUACCGCCGACUCUGAAGCUUAG